AUGAGUGACAAAUCCCCCCCCACCGAGGACCAAGACUGUCAAAGGCCGGUCCCGCCUCCCCGGCGAGGGGCUUCCGAGCGGAGAGGCCAGGCAAAGAGGAGCCCCACCAUGGAGACUUGCAACCACAACCUGGCUGCUCCCCCCUGCCAAGUGCAGAAGCCCAUUCAGAACAGCCUCCUGGACUUGACUGAGACCGGCCGAGGUUUAAAGGUGCAGACGCAGAAGCCACACCUGGUGAGCCUCGGCAGCGGGCGCCUCAGCACUGCCAUCACUCUGCUGCCUCUGGAAGAGGGCAAGACGGUCCUGGGCUCCGCUGCUGGGGACAUUGUGCUACAGGGGGCUGGGGUGGCCCCCCAGCACUGCUUCAUUGAAAAUGUGUGUGGGACCCUCACGCUGCACCCCUGCGGUCAUCCUUGUGCCAUCGAUGGGCAGCCGAUAACACACCCCACCCGCUUGUCCCAAGGGCAUGUGAUCUGCCUGGGCCGGGCGACCUUCCUCCGCUUCAGUCACCCAGCUGAGGCCAAGCGGAUGAAAAGCCAAGCAGUGCCCGGUGAGCGUCACAGCCCAGUGGUCCCGUAUGGGCUCGGAACAGCAGAGCGGCAGAGCCCCAUCAACAGCAACUCCGAGGGGGCAUCGCUCUCCCUGGUCAGCUCCAUUGAGAGAGAUCUGCAGGGCAUCAUGGAUUCCUUGGUGCUGCAGGAGGAAAGUGGUGAUGGGAGCCCUCCAUCCCCAACAGCAAACGGCAUGGGGGGCUGCUCCCUUCUGUCCCCACCCCAGAGCCCUGGCAAAAUCUCCAUGGGGUCCACAUAUGAAAACACCUCCUCUCCCCCCUUCUCUCCGCUCUCCUCCCCUGACAGCAGCAGCAGCAGCUGUCGGAGCCCCUCGUCCAGCUGCUGGGAGAAAGCUCCCACCCUCCCCCCUGCGGUGCCUGUCCGAUCCUCCAGUUACUGUCAUGCUGCGUUGUUGCCCCACGGGGGGCCUUGCCCAGACCCCUUGAGCAGUUCCAAUGGCUUCCUAAGCUCUGCUUGCGGUUCAGGGAGCCCCCGGAUGGAGAGGAAGGUCCAGCGGGACGGCCCCACAAGCCCCCUGCCUCCUGCAGAAGAUCCCCAUCCUAGCCAGCAUGCUGCCUCCCCGCUGAAGGAGAAGCUACUGGGAAGCCCUCGGCCACCAUCGCCCAGGAACCCCUGCCCGGCCAGGGCUGUCCGGCUGCCUGGCAUGCUGCAGGGCAAGGCUGCAGCCCUCCAGGAGCCUGUCCCCGACCCGUUCCUGGAAAUGCUGCCGGUCAGGGUUUCCCGACCGGCCCAGCUGGGGAAGUCAGCCUGCCAAGGGUCAGGGCUGCCAGGUGUGGCCUCUCAGUCCAGCUGGGCCCAGCGGGCCCCUGAGAGUCCUCUGCUCAGCCGGCGGUCCCUGGAGGGCAUGCGGGAGCUGCCCCCACUCAGCCCAGCCCUGGGGCGCCGAGCAGUCUCCCCGGCCCCUGGAAGUAGCCGCUCUUCGCAGGGCAAGGUUGGGCAGAGUUCUGGGGUGUGGCGGAGGGAGGCCUCUUCCACCCCCUCCUCCUGCUGCCUGAGGAGCCGCAGUCCCUCGCCUCCCCCCCUCCCUGGAGAGACCACCCAGCGCAAGCCCCAUUGCAGACCAGGUCUUGGCUCUGCCUCCAGCUUGGGUUCCCUCGUCCUGCCCUUGGAUUCUCCCCAAUCGAGACACCUGGGGUCUUGGGGGUUCCGGCUGCUGGGCCCCAUGCAAGAGCGCAAGCAGAGCAUCUCCAAGCUGCUGGGUGUGCAUGAGAGUGACCUGCUGGAGUACCACCGAUGGCAGCGCCAAGAGCGUCUCCGGGAGCAAGAGAUGGAGCGCUUGGAGCGCCAGCGCCUGGAGACCAUCCUCAGCCUGUGUGCCGAGUACACCAGGGGGGAUACUGAGCUGGGUCAAGAGGGCAGUGCCAAUGCUGCUGAUGGGGUCCCCCCCCCACCAGGGAGCAGCCCCCGCCGGGAGCGAGGGGAGGAGGAGAGCUUGCAGGAGGAGAGCAGCAGCACCGAGAGUGCCGGCCAGGAGCACGAGGUGCCACCUGCUCCAGAACUGGCCCGUCUGGAAGAGGAGCACGCCCGCCUGCUGGCCAGCGCAGACUACCUCAAGAGCUGCCUGAAGGGGCUGGAGCAGCAGCUGCGAGAGACUGCUUGGGAGGCGGAGAUAGAGCAGGCCCUCCUGCAGGGCGAGCGGGAAUCGGAGAUCCUGCAGCUGCGGCAGGAACAGCAGGCAGUGCAACUCCUGGAGGAGCAGCUCUCAGGCCUGGAUGCCAGCGUUCGCCACAAGCGAGAUAAGGAGAGGGCAAAGGUUGAUGCGGAAAGGAAGGCGCUUGAGAAACUGCGGGCGUUUUACUCUGAGCUCAAGAGCCAGCUUGAAAACUGCCCUGAGUCAAUGAGGGAGCAAUUGAAGGACCAGAUGCAAAGGGAAGCGGAGGCCCUGGAGACGGAGACCAAGCUCUUUGAAGACCUGGAGUUCCAGCAGCUGGAGAAGGAGAGCCGCUGGGAGGAGGAGCGCGAGAUGCUCGACCAGCAGCUGCUGCAUAGCGAGGCCCAGGGCUGCCACAGUCUGGCCCGCCGGAAGGAACGUGUGGCUGCCCUGGAAAGCCAGGCGAAGCAGCUGCGGUUGCAGGCUGCUCAGGAGGCCGACCGGCUGCGCCAGGAAAGGAGGGCCACCCUGCAGCGGUUGCAGCAGGAGAAGGAAACCCUUCUGGUGCUGGAGAGACGGUUCUGUGCACUCACGGGCAGUGCUGUCUUUCCCAAGGGCUCCAGCACCCUCCGAGAGGGCUCUCCGCCCCCACUGGGCAAAAGAGGCAGCCCCCCUGGCAAGCUGACCAGCACCUUUCUCGACCUUAGAAGGAAGCACGAAGCAUCCCUCCAGCACAAGGGACAUCAGGCAGGUCAGGAGCAAUGGCAGCGCCUGGCCGACCUGAAGCAGAAGACCACAGUGGAAUGCCAGCUGCUCCAGGCAGGUGCCUUCUUCUCCCCCCUUCUGCCCCACUCUGCCCUCCAUCGUUACCCCUUCCCAGGCCAAGAUCAACUGGCCGAUGACCCCGAGCCAGCCUACGACACCCUCAGCCUGGAGAGCUCGGACAGCUUGGAGACCAACCUCUCUGUGAGUGUGAACUCCGCCUGCUCCCCGGACAACGCCUCCAGUGGCAGUGGGGCAGAUGCCAGGAAGAUUGAAGAGAUGGAGAAGCUGCUGAAAGAGGCCCAGGCUGAGAGGACCCGCCUGAUGGAGUCGCGAGAGCAAGAGAUGGAGCUGCGUCACCAGGCCUUGGAGGAUGAACGGCGGCGGCGGGAGCAGCUGGAACGGCAGCUGCAGGAUGAGACGGCGCAGCGGCAGCAGCUGAUUGAGAGGGAGGUCAAGAUGCGGGAGAAGCAGCUAGCCCAGGCUCGCCCCCUGACCCGUUACUUGCCUAUCCGUAAAGAGGACUUUGACCUGCGCUUGCACAUCGAAUCCUCCGGCCACAGCGUGGACACCUGCAGCCAUGUCAUCCUCUCGGAGAAGCUGUGCAAAGGCUACCUGGUCAAGAUGGGAGGCAAAAUCCGGUCCUGGAAGAAGCGCUGGUUUGUCUUUGACCGCCUACGGCACACCGUCUCCUACUACGUGGACAAGCAUGAGGCGAAGCUGAAAGGCCUCAUCUAUUUCCAGGCCAUUGAGGAGGUUUAUUAUGAUCACCUCCGAUGCGCAGCCAAGAGCCCCAACCCCGCCCUAACCUUCUGCAUCAAGACCCACGACCGGCUCUACUACAUGGUGGCCCCCUCGGCAGAAGCCCUGCGCAUUUGGAUGGAUGUCAUUGUCACGGGGGCUGAAGGCUACACCCAGUUCCUGAGCUGAGGCAGCAGAGCCAUGAACAGUGCCAGAGGGCAGAGAAGCUGCAGCUCUCCCUCAAGGGCUUUCCAUGGACAGCCUCUGCCAGCAGGCAUGGACUCCUCUGCCAGAGGUGUCUGGGAUGGGCACGUGAGUGGCGAAAGCAGGAUCCCUGCCAGCAGCUUCUCCUGCCUUUCAUUAGACUCCAGGAGGAAGCCCCCCCCCCCGCUUCAGAGGCGUGAGAGACAUAGGACCACCACCAUCAGGCUUUCCAGUGCAGGGCUGGCUCUUCCCUGGCCCAGAAGGUCAUCUUGGGUCUCUCAUCUCCAGUGCUGGCCUUCUCGCUCUUUUUCCAAAAUGCAGAAGCAACUGGGAACAGUUCCCCCUUGCAGCUUGGGGAUGCUGAAGUUGUUGACUUAGAGUCUUUGCAGCCAAGAGACAAGAAAGCAAAAU